AACAGACGGGUUAAAGAAUGAACUUGAAAGUUUUCCAGGUUCUGAAGUACAGGUUGCAACGUAUUCUGUUAUCAGCUGGUAAUAAAAGACAGAUGACUGCAUUUAAUACCAUUAAUGAUUAAUUAAUGAAAGAGGUUGGUGAAGUUGUCAGCACAUUCUGGCAUUGUUGAACAGAGCAUCAACUCCAUUACACUGGGAGAGAUCUCUAUCGAGCAAGUUGGUGAGUCUUUCAUUGAAGAACAAUUUGGAAAAUCAAGAAAAAUGGCUGAGAAAAUUUUUCUUUUUGAAAGUUUCCUGAACUGCCAUGUGUGUUCAGAGACUUUCAGAGAUCCUGUGUCUCUGAGCUGCAACCACAGCUUCUGUUCAAGCUGCCUGAAGAAAUCCUGGGAACAAACUAAAAACAAAAACUGUCCCAUUUGUAAAAGAAAAUCAUCUAAAAGUAAUAUCUGGGUGAAUUUUGCACUGAAGGAACUGUCUGACUCGUUUGCUGGGAGACAGAAAACUGGAUCAUCUGAGCCAGAAAAAGAAGAGAAGAAGGUGGAGGUGGUGUGUAGUAAACAUCAAGAAGAGCCUAAACUGUUCUGUAAGGAUGAAGAGAGAGCUGUGUGUCCUGCCUGUGAGUUUUCUCUCCACCAGAGUCACAAGGUGGUUCCUGUAGAACAAGCAGUCAGUGACCUGAAGGACCAGCUGAAAUCUGACUUAAAGUCUCUACAGGACAAGAAGGACAAACACAAACAAGUAGAGAAAACAUACAAUAAAAUGGUAAAACACUCCAAGAAGCAGCUGUUGUCCACAGAGAAGCAGAUCAGAGCAGAGUUCAACAAGCUCCACCAGUUCCUGAAAGAGGAAGAGGAGUCCAGACUGGCAGCUCUGAGGGAGGAAGAGGAGCAGAAGGGGAAGACUAUCAGCAGAGAGAUGAAGAUGAUUCAGGAGAACAUCUCCUCUCUGUCAGACAGUAUCUCUGCUGUUAAAGAAGACCUGCAGAAACACAACGUGCCCUUCCUCAGCAGUUAUAAAGCCACUCAGACCAGAGCCAGAGUCCAGUGCUCACUGUCAGAUCCACUGCUGGUCUCAGGAGCGCUGAUAGAUGUGGCCAAACACCUGGGCAACCUGUCCUUCAGAGUCUGGGAGAAGAUGAAGGACAAGGUUCAUUUCAGUCCUGUUAUUCUGGACCCAAACACUGCAAACCGCAGGCUCUAUCUGUCUGAUGAUCUGACCAGUGUGAGACGUGGAGACACAAAGCAGCAGCUUCCUGACAAUCCAGAGAGAAACACUAAGUAUGUAGAUGUUCUGGGCUCUGAGGGCUUCAGCUCAGGGAAACACAGCUGGGAGGUGGAGGUGGGAGACCAUCCUGUCUGGAAUGUAGGUUUGACUAAAGAGUCAGCUGACAGGAAGGGAGAGAGAUAUGACACACCAAAAUAUGGAAUCUGGUGUUUAGCUCAUCGCAGUGGAAAAUACGCUAAUGGUCUUGGUGAGACAGUCAGAGUGAAGAAGAGUCUCCAGAGGAUCAGAGUCCAGCUGGACUAUGACAAGGGGAAGGUGUCCUUCUACGAUCCUGAAGACAUGACUCACAUCUACACUCUCAGAGACACUUUCACUGAGAAACUCUUCCCAUAUUUCUAUGUUGGAUCAGCUGGUGAUGCUAAAACUGCUGAUAUCAAAAUCAUUCAAAAUGAGAUUCUCUGUGAUGUUCAGACACGUUCGUGUUGGUCCAGAUUUUAAUCUGACUUCACUGUCUGUCUAGAUCUCAUUGAAAUAAUCAAGACAAUCAACAGUUAUAACAGAAAUAAUAUUUACUCAAUACUUAAACUGUAUUACAUCAUCAGGUCUUAAACUUUCCUACAGCUCCAAAUCAGUUUACUUAUUAACCUGGUCAUCAGCAUCUUGUGUUUAAUCAGACCACAAUAUAACAUCUACUGUAUCCACUAUACCAAACACUUUGUUUCAGCUGUGUGAUUCUUUAAGGAGAGACUCUACAGGUGAAUAGGGUAAAAUAUUUAACUAAUAGAUAUCACCAUGAUACUUCACCAGUUGAUUACUGACAUUAAGACAAUUAUUUUUUGUAUUAC